AUGCAUUUCAGUACUCUUCUCGCCACGGCAUAUGCCUUUACAGCCGUUUCUGGUCAUUUUAUGAAGCGCCAAGUUGAAGAUGGGCUUAUUCCGUUGCUCUCAUCUGGCGCCAGUAUCUACUACCCUACGGAUAGCGGAUUCACGGUCUCCAGCGAACGAUUCACAGAGCUCAAUCGCCCUGAUUUCCAACUGGUAGUACAUGUUGCUUCUGAAGAUGAUGUUGUAGCUACUGUGCAAUUCGCAACAGCAAACAACAUUACUUUCCUUGCUAAGAGCGGCGGUCACGGCUUGUCUACAACCUUGUCUCGUGUCCGCAAUUCUAUCAUGAUUGACAUGAGAGGAUUGAAUUACGCCAGAUAUGAUAAUGCGACCUCUCAGGUGACUGUCGGCGGUGGUAUUACAACCGGUGAAAUGAUCAACGCAACCCACGCUGUAGGAAAAGAAAUCACUGCUGGAUCUUGUCCUUGUACUGGUGUGCUGGGAGUCACCAUGGGCGGUGGUGUUGGCCGUUUGAUGGGAAGGCACGGAUUGAUCAUUGACAACCUCGUCGAGUUGCGCUAUGUGCUCGCCAACGGUACCGCAAUCACACUCAAUAACCAAACGGAUCCCGAGCUCUGGUGGGGUGCACGUGGUGCUGGCCAGAACUUUGGUAUCGCAACUUCAGCAACAUACCAAGUUUAUGACCAGGUGAACGAUGGAAUGCAUUACACCGUGGAUAUGGAAUUCUCCAUGAGCCAGCUUCAAGAUACUCUCAAAGUGAUCAAUGCUCAGGCCGCGCCUUUGAAUGAGAACCUCGCUCUCUUCUACGUCACCGUCCCAGUCGGCUCUACCGGAGGUCCCGUUAUCGCUGUGAACUUUGUUUACUCCGGGCCACAGGCCGAUGCCGAGGGGCUGCUCCAGGAUUGGCUGGAUAUCAACCCCAUCUCCUUCUCCGACCGUGUUGUCUCCUGGGAUUCUCUUCCAUGGCGAGUCCAGGCAGGCCUCAACAGCGAGCUUUGCACACCAAACAAGUACAGAAACUCUUACUCUCUUGCCAUGGACACAUACAGCCCUGAAGGUAUCCAGCGUCUGUUCGAUAACUGGGAGAAGUUUGUUGAGCUGUACGGCGCCAAUGUGACCAUGAACUUUAUCUUCGAGACUUUCCCUCAGCAAGGAGUCGAAGCCGUUGAUGUAGACUCCACGGCUUACCGCUGGAGAGGCCAGUCCAAACACUUCGGAAUCUUCCAAGCAACCUAUACCGAUGGGCGCUUCAGCACCUUGGUCGACGACUGGUUGAUGGAGCAAGAGAAGAUCUUCAACAACUACACCGGAUAUGGCGAAAAGCAUGUCUACCUCAACUACGGCAAGGGAACCUACAAUACCCUUGAAGACUCCUGGGGCUAUGAAGGUCAGGUCCAGAGGCUUACCCAAUUGAAGCGGAGGGUUGAUCCUGAGGGUCGCUUUGACGGCUUCCGUCAGCUCUUGGACUAUGCAUAG